AGGAAAUACUGUCAACUCUGUAGACGUCUUUUAAUGAUAACAUCAUUAAAAUAUGUUCAACAACAUUACAAUGAAACAGCUGCAGAAUGAGUGGAUAUUCUAUUAAUAGAAGUGGAGGACAAUAAAAUGAGGAAUUGAUUCACUGUUCUCAACCAGACCACCUCACUGUGAGGAGACUUCCACCAGUUCAUCACUCAUCCAUUCACCACUUCAUCGUCAACAUGUUCAGCAUCUCAUCAAAAUAUCAAGACAUCAUCUCCAGAAGUAUUCUGAUUCGUUCAGGAUCUCCUUCUGUCUACCAGCUGAAACCAAAAGAAGAGAAGAUUGGAACUCUGACAAGAAUAACUGUUGGUAAAAAAAAUCUGAACAAGACCAAUAGAACCAUCUUACUGGUUGGAGAAUCAGGAGCAGGAAAAUCUACUCUGAUCAACUCAAUGGUCAACUACACCAUGGGAGUGAAGUUUAAGGAUGAAAUCUGGUUUCAGAUCACAGAGGAUGAUAAAAGUCAGUCAGAAAGUCAGACAUCAGAUGUGAUCGUGUACCAGAUCUUUGGUUUUGAAGGUAAAAUUCUGCCCUACUCUCUGACCAUCAUCGAUACUCCUGGAUAUGGAGACACCAGAGGAAUUGAACUUGAUCUCAUCAUCCGUCAGAGAUUAUUGGACUUGUUUAGUUCAGAGGAUGGAGUUCAUGAAGUUAAUGCAGUGGGUCUGGUGGUGAAGGCCAGUGAUAAUCGACUCAGUGAUCGACUGAUGUAUAUCUUUAAUUCAGUGGUGUCUCUGUUUGGAAAAAACCUGGAGAAAAACAUUGUCGCUCUCAUCACACACUCAGAUGGAAGAAAACCUGUAAAUGCUCUUCAAGCUCUUGAAGCUGCAAAAAUUAAAUGUGCCAAAAAUGAGAAGAAUCAACCUAUUUACUUCCUGUUUGACAACCAACAGAACAGACAGAGGAACAAUGACACAGAAAGUAAAGCUGUCUUGAAACAUUCAUGGGACAUUUCCAAAGAUGGAAUGUUUCACUUCACUUCCUUCUUGGAAAGAUCUGCUCCUCAGAAAGUGGAAAAAACUGUGGAUGUUCUGAAUGAACGUGUCAGACUGACAGCCUGCAUCCAAAACCUGGAAGAGAGAAUCAAACUGACUGAACUGAAACAGAAUGAGAUGAAACAGACUCAAGAAGCUCUGAAGAAACAUCAAGAAGAGAUGAAGAACAAUGAAACGUUUACUGUAGAAGUUGAUGAGGUCUACAAAGAAAAAGAAGCUAUUGAUGGUGGGAUGUGGGGGUUGGUGUUUUAUAAAGGAGCUGUCUGUUGUAAAGUGUGUGAGGAGAACUGUCACUAUCCUGGAUGCACACUCGCCUGGUAUCCUGAACACUGUGAGGUCAUUAAAGGAGGUCACUGUACUGUUUGUACCAACAAGUGUCCUGUAACAGAUCAUGUGAAAGAAAAGUGGAAAUACGUGACCAAGACGAGAAAAGUUCAGAAAACUGAAGAAGAAAUGAAACAGAAGUUUGAGAAGAAUAAAUCAGAAAGUGAGAAGAAGUUGAGUCUUUUGGAAAAUCUUGAGAAAGAAAUGAACCAACUGAGAACAGAGAAGUCCCAGCUCCUGGAUGAGGCCUACCAACAUGUUGUCAAGCUGGAGCAGAUCGCCCUGAAUGUUGAUUCAGUGUCCACUCAUGUCCACUUGGACUUCCUGAUUGAGAAGAUGAAGGAGAGAGGAGACAGAGAGAAGGUCCAGAAACUGGAGGAGAUGAAAAACAGAGUGGAUGAAGGAACCACAGCUGGUGUACAGUAUGUGUGGGGUAAACUCAUGGGAAUUGGGAAAAAUGUAAAAUAAUGAUUGAUGUAAAUCAGCAACAUAAGCAUUGGACAGUUCUUAACCCAGUUUUAGUAGUUCCUGCUUCAGUCUCCUUAGAUGUUUCCUAUGCUUGAUGCAGCCAAUGAUUUGAACCUUCCCAACAGACUAACAUCUUCACCACCACCACGGGGUGUGUCUUUUCACAUGGGUGUUGAAGAAAUGUGAAACUAGUUUUUACAUCAGUUGGUCUUAAACAACUUGUUGAACACCAGCUGAAAGCUAAUCACCAUGAACUAAUUAUCCACCAGGAGGCUCUGAACUAUUAGCUCAGUCAGAUCCAGACUUUACUGGCUGGGCAGGGAAUUAGUGGUGUUAUCAGUUGUCAGUAAAAUGUAGUUCAUGUAUCAGCAGUAAAAGUAUUCCAUGAGGAAAAUGUUGUAUCAGUGUGAUAUGAUUGUGUCUCCUAUUCCUGGCUUGUUGUUGUCAUUCUAAUCAGUUUGUACAGAGGAUGUUACUCACACUGAACUCAGACACAGUGGAGAAAUCUUCUGCUGAGCUGGAGCUCCAUCCAACUUUCACACUUGAGUGUUUUUGAAGAGAACAGUCCUGAAAUCUAAUGUUCUUUGAUUUGAUUCAUACCUUGGAUUCUUCAUGUGUUCAUGCUGGAAUGACUAGUUGGAAUAUUUCACAUGACUCAGUGGAAACAUUUGGAUCAAAGGCAUUUUAAUUAAGCUGAUUUGACAUAAAAGAAAUAGUCCCUGAGAUUCCUGACAGGAGCUCUGUUAAUCUGCUGUGGGUCCUAUUGGCUCAACUGACCAAUCGUGGUCGAUUGGAUGGGACACCAAUAUGUAAGCAUGGACUACCUGGCACUCAUGGGGACAGCAUUAGGGUGUACUGAUGUUCGUCCGGUUGCCUAUGCUCCUUUAAUUUAUCUAGCAGAUUUACAGAUUUUGUUCCACAAACCGAAGGGUUGAUGGUUCGAUCUCUGGAAUGUGCCAUGUGCUGAGUGUGUCCUUGAACAAGACACUGAACCCCAGUUGCUCCCAGUGCAACUGGCACUGGUGUGUGAAUGUGUGUGUGCUUGUGUGAAAAGGUGGAUGUGUCUCUGACUGUAAAAGCACUUUGAGUAGGUAGAAAAGUGCUAUAUAAAAGGAAGACCAUUUUCUCUCAUUUUGAUUUUCUCAGUUUUUUUUUCUUCUUAUUGGUUGUAUACAAAGAGCUCAGAAAGUUGCUGUAUCGUAUAGAUUUAUUUCUUUUUGUCACCUUAGAUAGUUGAGCUACAUUGAACUCCUUACGUUUUACAUUUCCAGACUAGAAUUUCAGACUAAUAAGUAGUGUUUUAGUUUAAAAACUGUGUUACUAAUUUACUGUAACUGUGUUACUUACUACUAAACAAUCUUUGUCUGUCCUCACUAUGAAAUACGGACACAUGGUAUAGACCAUGUGUCAAAGGGAGGGAUGCUACUAGAGAUACAGAUAACUACUAGUUCACUUACGGGUUCUGUAAUUUUAUUCAAAAUGAAAAGUGAGAGCUGUUAACCCAUUAGUUUCAAGAGCAGUAAAUAAACAUUUACCCUUUUUGCAAUGA